AUGGAGAAGCAGGAUGAUGAAGAAUAUGAAUGGGAGAAGCAAAAGGAGUGGGGUUGGGUGAUGGAUGCAGGAAAGAAGGUGGUAAUGGCCGGUGUUAUCAUAUCAUCUGCUCCGGUGCUACUUCCGCCCUUACUCGUUGUUUCUGCGCUCGGGUUCGCUGUCUCGCUGCCGUCCGGCGUCGUUUUGGCCUCAUACGCCUGCACUCACAAGCUCAUGACCAAGCUGCUAGUUACAGAAUCACGAGAGGGGGGAGAGAUGAGCAGCAACUCCUCUUCCACUGACAGUAAAAAUAUUCUAGUGGAAGAGGAAGAGGAAGAGGAGGAGAAUCAGGAACGAGAAGAGGAAGCAGAGGAAGGGAAAGAGAAUCAGGAACAAGAAAAGGAAGAGGAAGAUGGAGAUGAGAUAGAGGUUUUAGCUGUACCAGGGCUAGUUUUGAGGAAUGAAAUGUAUCACGUCAACAAACCUGCUGUCAAUGGUAGAGUUAAUGCUCAUCAAACUGCUUUACUUAUAAAUAGGUAUUUUAUACUAGCAUAUAACUUCUUGUUUUCUCUAGUUAUUGAUCCCAAGAUAGAUGGUGACAAUUUGAAAGAGGGCAAUGGAGUAAAUGGUGGUGGUUUGCAUUCUCGUGGGGAAGUGAUUAGUGAGGAUAAAAUUUGGGAGAAGAUAGACGCAAUAAGAGUUAUUGUAGGAUUCAAGGUUCCAAAGCGUUCCUCCUAUGUGGAAGAAGUUAAGGCCUUGUAUCUCUUCACAGGCAUCGAACCACCAACACAAGAUCAGUCUCAUCUUGCACACCUUAACUUCCUCAUGUCUGUAAUCGGAGUGAAAUGA